GGCCCGCCCUCCAGAUGGAGGCCUGCCGCCUCAUGCCGUCCACUAGCUGAGCAGGUCACGGCAAGCGUGCGUCCGUCGACCACCAGUUCAGUUCGGUUGCCGAGAAGUGAAUACGACUGUGUCCGCCCGUGUGAGCUGGACGUACGCGAGGCUGCGGCGGCGGCGGCUCAGCUAGUCGUCGUCGACCCCCCCGAAAUCAGAUAAACACCAGCCACGCAAAAAAUCGCCGUAUCCAGUCAGAUCUUCCUCCUCCCAAAUCCAUCGCUAGCCAGCCUGCUGCUAGCACGCACAGUACCACACAGUACGUGCUCAAAUAAUGCUCGCUCCUGGCCUCCUGCUACCAAGGACCAAGAAAAGGAGGGCCGGCGAGGACGUCUGGCCGUCUGGGUCCCUAUAUAUGAGACAGCGAGGAGGUGGGUGUGAAGGCUGUGCCCAGUGAGCUCAGCUCGAUCCAUCGAUCGGAGAGCUUUUGCACUGCACCAGCUCUGAAGCCAUGGCUGCUGCUUCUUCCUCCAUGGACAGGAUCGCCCAGUGGGUGUCGUCCCAGGAGGUCCCGACCGACCUCACCGUCCGCAUCGCCGACUCCGUCUUCUCUCUCCACAAGGCGGUGAUGGUGCCCAAGUGCGGCUACAUCCGCCGGGCCGUGGCGGCGAGCCAGACGCAGGGCCCGGGGGGCGGCGCCGUCGAGCUGGACCUCUCCGCGCUGCCGGGCGGCGCUGACGCCUUCCAGAAGGCGGCGCGCUGCUGCUACGGCGACAGCCUCGAGAUCACGGCGCGCGACGCGGCGGCACUCCGCUGCGCCGCGGAGUUCCUCGACGCGCCGGACCUGGCCCGCCGCGCCGACGACUUCCUCGCGCAGGCCGCGCUGCGCGCGCUCCCCGGCGCCGCCGCCGUCCUGCGGUCCUGCGAGGCGCUGCUCCCGGCCGCCGACGAGCUCGGCGUCGCGCGCCGCGCCGCGGACGCCGUCGCGCUCGGGGUCUGCAACGAGGCGCUGUUCCCGACGCCGCGGGCGCCGCCCGGGUGGUGGGCGGCCGAGCUGGCGGCGCUGUCGCCGGCGUCGUUCCGGAGGGUGGUCGCGGCGCUGCGGUGCCGCCGGGCCGGGCCCGAGGUGGUGGCCGCCGCGGCCGCCGCGUACGCGGAGCGCGUCCUGGCCGGGGUCCUCGCGGCGCCCGGCCGCCGGGACGCGGACCAGCGCGCGCUGCUGGAGGCCGUCGUGGACGCGCUGCCUCCCGCCGCCGACGCGCCCCUCCCGGCCGCCUUCCUCUGCCGCCUCCUCCGCGCCGCGGUCACCGCCGAGGCGUCCGCCAAGACGUGCCGCGACAUGGAGCUCCGCGUCGCGGCCGUGCUGGACCAGGCCACCGCGGGGGACCUGCUGGGCGUCGCGCUCGACGGCGCCGGGGAGCGCGUCGUCAACGCGGACACCGUCCGCCGCGUCGUCGCCGCGUGCGUCGAGCGCCAGCAGACGCAGCAGGGCCGGCGGGCGUCCCUGGCCGGAGGUCCGGCAGGUGAGCUCAGCGCGCUGGAGAAGGUGGCGAAGACGGUGGAUGAGGUGGCGGCGGAGAUGGCGUCGCACGAGUCGCUGCCUAUCUCCAAGUUCGUGGGCGUGGCGGGCGCGGUGCCCAGGGACGCGCGCCCGUCGCACGACUGCCUGUACCGCGCCGUGGACAUCUACCUCAAGACACACCCGGGGCUGGACGAGAUCGAGCGGGAGAAGGUGUGCAGCGUCAUGGACCCGCUCAGGCUGUCGUACCAGGCGCGGAUGCACGCGUCGCAGAACAAGCGGCUGCCGCUGCAGGCCGUGCUCAGCGUGCUCUACUACGACCAGCUGAAGAUCCGUAGCGCGGACGGCAGCGGCGGCACGGAGGAAGGGUGGGAGACACAGUCGGCCGCCGGGAAGGCCCGUGCGCAGGCGCGGGCGGACGUGUCGCUGGCAAGGGAGAACGAGGCGCUGCGGUUGGAGCUGGCGCGGAUGCGAGCGUACGUGUCAGGGAUGCAGCAGAGCAGCAAGGGGAGCGGGUCGAGGCCAUCGUCGUCAUCGCUGGUACCAGGCCCAGCGACGGCGACGGGGAAGAAGGCAAGCUUCUUAGGGUCGGUGUCGCGGACGUUGAGCCGGCUGAACCCGUUUAAGGGCGGGUGGGCCAAGGACACGACCAGCAUUGCCGAUGGGCGUGACAGGACUUCCAUGCAUGUGGUGAAGCCCAAGAGGAGGAGGUUCUCCAUCGGCUAAUUCUUUUGUGAUAUAUCGAUAUGAUCGUGUCAUCGUGUGUGUGACUUAUAUUAAAUCACUGUGAUUAGAGGCUAGAACAAGGGGUGUGGAUGUUUGUACUUUCUCUGUCAAUGAAAAAACAAUAUGCACUACAAAGGCAAAAGUGUAGGUUAAAAUAGUGGACUAAGGAGUAAAUAUUAAUAGUACUGUUGG